GUAAGGAUGGAUAUGUCGUCAGUGCGCGAUUUCUCGGGCUUUUGGUGGGAAAAUGAGUUCGUUUUCACAGACGUUUUUCUUUAAAUUAAAAGCGUUAGCGCGUUUUUUGUAAGGCUUAAUGUAAUAAGAAAGUAGGCGACUAUGUAUGCAUUAGCAAAAAGCUGUGUUCCUUAACGUUUGGUGUCCUUGUAGGUGUGCUUAGCUACCUGUGAAAAGUUGAGUGUCUAUUGUUUGCUAACGAGCUGUGACGCUAAUGAGCGGGCAGCACUGUUAGCUGGUUAGUUUGGUUUUUAGGUUUCGAUUGCUAUUUACAGCUGCGUAAUCUCUGAAAACGUGUCAUAUUUACAACAACAUGCCAGAAAUCAAAGUAAAGCACGUGGUGUCCUGCAGCAGUGAGGACUCUACACACAAGGCAGAGAAUCUGUUGAGCUCUGACACCUACAGAAAGUGGAAAGCAGCAAAAGCCGGAGAGAAGCAGACAUCAGUCAUUCUCCAGUUUGAGAAGGAGGAGCAGGUGCACAGCAUUGACAUUGGAAAUGAAGGCUCGGCUUUCAUCGAGAUAUUGGUGGGGAAUUCCUCUGCUGUCAGAGACCAGGACUAUGAGGUUCUGCUGGUUACGUCUUCCUUCAUGUCUCCCACGGAGAGCCGUAACGGUACCAGUAUGAAUCGUGUGCGUUUCUUUGGUCCCAACCAGCUUCAGAAAAGCACGGCACAGGAGAAGUGGGACAGGGUUAAAAUUGUGUGUACCCAGCCCUACAGCAAAAAUAUAGCAUAUGGGAUUGCCUUUGUCAUGUUUCAUUCACCACCUGACAAAAAGGAUCCACCUUCAGCCACUUCACCUAAACUGACCAAGUUUGGACAGUUCAAGGUAAUGGAUGACGCAACUUCAUCCGGAUCCAGCCUUCAGCCUGGCAGCCUCUUCUUCAGUCGAGACAAUGUGGCAAAGUCCAGCAGUCCUCACAAAGUGUCUCCUCAGAGUGAAAACCUGAGUUACGCUGCUGUGGCUCUGCAGGCAGGUAGCAGCUCCCAUGCGUCAAGCCUCUCAUCCACUUCUAAUUCUGCAUCAUUACAGGCACCAGCAAAAAGAAAAUUUGAGUUCAGCAAAGAGCGGGAGUCUGCCUCUGGCCCUCCUCCAUUGAAGAAAAAAAGCCCAAAUUGCUCACCUGAUGGCAAACCCACAGCUGUUAAACAGAAGGCCUCUCCAGUCAGCACCCCGAAAGUCUUGCCAGCACUGAAAUCUGCAGAUAAGCAGAGAGAGACCCAGUCCAAACCUGACCCUAAACCUCAGCUGAAACCCAGACCACUCAAAGCCAAAGCCCAGAGCUCGGAACAGGUUCAGUUCAACCGACUCAUGGAAGGGGUGGUGUUUGUCCUCAGUGGCUUUCAAAAUCCUUUCAGAGGAGACUUGAGGGAAAAAGCACUUGAUAUGGGAGCCAAGUACCGUCCAGACUGGACUCCAGAUUGCACACACCUUAUCUGUGCCUUCGCCAAUACUCCCAAGUACAGCCAGGUGAAAUCAGCAGGGGGCAUCAUCGUGCGGAAAGAAUGGGUAAUCGACUGCCAUAAUAGGAAGCAGAAGAUCUCCUAUAAGCGGUAUUUGAUGGAUGGUGCAGAAUCGAGCUCAGAGAGUGAAAUUGAAAUGGAUAACUCUGGUGAAGAGGAAGUAACCUCAAAGACUCCACAGAAGCAGGACAUACACGUCACUCCCAAAAAGACCCCAGACAAGAGGAAUGAAGAUGAUGACUAUGCUGGCUCCACUGAUGUGGAUGAACCAGGACAUGAUGAUAACGAAUCUGCUGCGGACACAGAGGAUGAGCUGCAGAGGGUGGAGAACAAGACGAAAGAGAAGAAAGCCAAGAUGGAAGUGAAAUUGGUGAAAGAUGAGGAUCCAUACGGGGGGUCUACAGAUGAAAAUACAGACGCUGAGGCUGAAGAGGAUCAUCCCCUCCCCGAGUUACCCAAUUUUCUGACUGGGAAGCACUUUUUUCUGUAUGGCAAAUUCCCCAACAAUGACAGGCGUCUGCUCGUACGCUACAUUGUCGCCUUCGAUGGAGUGGUUGAGGACUAUAUGUCAGAGGAGGUGCAGUUUGUGGUGACCAGUGAAGGAUGGCAUGAGUCCUUUGAAGACGCUCUGAUGGACAACGGCAAUCUGAACUUUGUCAAACCUGCUUGGAUUUAUGCCAUCAAUGAACAGCAAAAAAUGCUGCCCUAUCAGCCAUAUUCUGUCAUCCCGUGACCAGUUUACUGUACGUAUAUCCUUAUGUGUGCACAAACGCAUGCACACUUCAUGUCCUGAUGAAACAGCAGGGGACGAAGCCAUAGACAUACUUGUUUAAAUAUGCAGAUUUACUUCACUUUAAAUGAAGCAAUAGCAGCUCAAAUGCCUUCUGUUGACUUUAGACUCUGUGUUGAUGAGAUGUCUGCAGUCCUCGUUCAGGAUGUAAUCUGGGUUCAUCAAACAGAUGAUUUCACUAUUGACGUCCUCAAUCUAGUUGAGCUUGGAAUUUUUUAUUUAAAAACCUUCUGAAUUUAAUGGGUGGAUUAGAUUUAGAUGAAUGAAAAUCUUUUUACUAGAAGAGCAUUAAGUGCUCGCUCAGCCAGAACAUUAUCACCACCACCACUGAUGGACAGAGGAUGUGAUUGCUCCUGUGGUUUUUGUUUCAAGGGAAAAUAUCUCCAAAAACACAACGGAUAUAGAUGGUCUUUGACUCAGAAUUGGUUAAGUUUUGGUGGUUAUCUGAAUGUUUUUCAAUAUAUGUUUUUCCUGUUGUCACUGCUGAUAUACAUGUUCGAAGAAUUACUAGAAUUCUUGAUUUUGAGUGUAUCGCUAUUAAUAAUGGACAUUAUUGCAGAUCGUGCGUUUGGAGCCAGUGGUUAGCUUAAAUUGCAGUGAAUGCGAUCUUAUGCUCUAAUCCUAAGUACACAGAAGAGUCGGGCUGAUACAGAUUUUUUUUUUUUUAAAGGGCUGAUAUGUAUAUUCCAGAAUAAAAAAUUUAUGAUGCACAUAUUUGCUGAUAUAUAUAGAAGUGUUUAUGUCUUGCUGACUUUUACAAAGAACAACAGAAAGAAUUACCAAACAUAUUUGUACAGAAAUACAACUGGCAGUGCGUUCUGCUAUCUUGAAUGAUUUUGUUUGAACCAAGCAUAUGUCUCCUUGCCUUAACACGGCCUUUACCUGGAUUGGCACUCGUCGUGUUGCAUCACUCAGCAUUUGCAUAAAAUGGACUUUCAUCUAUUUUGCCCCUGCCUAGCUGGUGAUGUAGUGACCACUUGUCUCUUGUUGCUGUAAAAUGCUCACUCUGAAAAUGAAUCACAGCUAGUCACUUUGCUCACGUCUCUUAUAACCAGUGUGAACAAGGGGUGAGGGGGUCCCAACAGUGUUGUAGGACUGCCCUCUGCUAGACAAGUUACAUCAUGACACCUUUUCCAAGAGUAUUUUUCUGUAUUGUUCAGUAAAAUAAAAGUUUUCAUAUGGGCAAAAAUAACGCAGAUACUGAUGUGUUUGUAAAAAGUUAAUAUCUGCCAAUAUUAUUGGCCAACCGAUAUGUCAGUCAGGCUCUAGUAGACAAGUUCAGUUAUAACUUAAUGUCUAUUAUAAAUAGCUGUAAACUACACAUCCAAGAAUCUGAUCAUUUCUGGUAAACUAUCAUCUUAUAUUUUGCAAGAUGUUCUUUCAUCAUGUUGGUUUAUGAUGUCAUAAAAGCAUGAAUAUGAAGCAUCAUAUUUCUGAGUGGCAUGAGCUUUCUGGUUAUGGUAAUAAUGACUGGUUGUUUUUAUCCUGACAAAGGUAUACACUCUGAAUGUUCUUGUCCUGUUCCUUCAAUGUGGCUUCAUGAACACUGCACAAACUCUGAUUCAGGACUUGUUUGCUUUUUCUUGGAUUUGGUGCUGCAUUUGGCUGUGGCUCUCCUCAGCUACCUCAGGCUCCAUCUGGAAAUGAGUUAUCAUUUUGUUUUGACUGCUCACAGUGGUGAUAAGACUCUGAUUUGAGCCAGAACACUAUUGUGAAAUCAGCCCAAACUCGGGUGAAAGGAGUAUUUACAGUUGCAGCCACUAAAACCAGGACAACUAAACUGUUUUUUGCUAAAUGUGAGUGGAUAAAGCAAUGGAUUUGUGUGUUGUUCCAAUUUGAUAUAUAUAUUUUUUUGUAAUAUUCAUGUUUGCUGAAUUAAUAUUACAGGUUUACCUUCCUUGAUGACUUUAAAGACAUAGAAGUCAGUGUUUUUGCAUGGCUUUAAAUUACUGAAAUCCAUAAUUAAGGCUCAUUAGACAUGGGUAAUUUCAGGUUUUCAUCUGUUUUGGUUUCAUGCUUGUCCAUUGGUUUCAAGUCAGCAUCUUAUACUUGUGUUUCUUAAAGUGUUCAAUUAUUUUUGUCUAAAUAAAAAGCGGUUUUAA